AGAAGCCCUAUUGGAACCUUGCUGCAAUGCAAAAGGCCCAUCCAAUCAGAAAAACAUCCAACCAAAACGACAUCAAUUCGACUCCCUCGUAAAACCCGAAUCUCUGACUCUCUCUCUCUCUCUGUCCGAGUAUCCCCUGAAUCUCUCUUCAUCUGACAGUUUGGUGUUGUAAAAGGGUAAAAAAGAUGGGAGUGAAACAAGCUAUAAAGAGCCUGGAUGCGUUUCCCCGUGCGGAAGAGCAUUUGUUGCAAAAGACACAAUCUGGGGCUCUUGUUUCCGUCAUUGGGCUAGUUAUAAUGGCUACGCUGUUCUACCAUGAGUUGGCAUAUUAUCUUACUACAUAUACGGUCCAUCAGAUGUCUGUAGACUUGCAACGUGGAGAAAUUCUUCCAAUUCACGUUAAUAUUACAUUUCCCUCUUUACCUUGUGAUGUUUUGAGUGUGGAUGCAAUUGACAUGUCAGGAAAGCAUGAAGUGGAUCUGGAUACAAACAUAUGGAAACUUCGCUUGAACAGUCAUGGCCAUAUCACCGGCACUGAAUAUUUAUCAGACCUUGUAGAGAAGGAACAUGAAGCUCACAACCAUGAUCAUGAUAAAGAUCAUCACAAGGAUUCCCAUGAAGAACAGCAUACCCAUGGCUUUGAUGAUGCUGCUGAAACUAUGAUCAAGAAGGUCAAGCAAGCAUUGGCAAAUGGAGAAGGAUGUCGGGUUUAUGGCGUUCUAGAUGUCCAAAGGGUUGCUGGCAACUUUCAUAUUUCAGUUCAUGGACUAAACAUUUUUGUUGCUCAAAUGAUUUUUGAUGGAGCUAAGCAUGUCAAUGUAAGUCAUAUUAUCCAUGACUUAUCAUUUGGACCAAAAUAUCCUGGAAUUCACAACCCUCUUGAUGGGACUGCACGGAUUCUGCGUGAAACAAGCGGAAUAUUCAAAUAUUACAUCAAGAUUGUUCCAACUGAGUACAGGUACAUCUCCAAAGAUGUUUUGCCGACCAAUCAAUUCUCUGUUACGGAGUACUUUUCUCCCAUUACAGAUUUUGAUAGGACAUGGCCAGCUGUGUACUUCUUGUAUGAUUUGUCACCUAUCACCGUCACAAUCAAAGAAGAACGGCGUAGUUUUCUUCAUUUUAUCACUCGGCUCUGUGCGAUUUUAGGGGGUACAUUUGCCUUGACAGGAAUGCUAGAUCGGUGGAUGUACAGGCUUCUUGAGGCACUGACUAAACCAAACCGUGGAAGUGGAUUCCUAUAAAUGUAAUGGGAACAUGAUUAGUGGCAAUCCACAAGCGUCGCAGAGGAAUUCUACUUGCAAAACCCAUGGAGUGCCCAGGUCUCAGCACUAGAUGUUGAAUUAAAUUGCCAGGGAAAGAGUUAAAAAGCCAAGACAGCCUGUAAUAUCACCCCCUCCAUGUUUCACCCCCCCUGUUCGAGGGUGGGUGGUUGACUGAACGUUUGUAAAAUGCCUGUAACACUACUUUUUCAAGCACGCAGUAACAGUAUAGCUCGAGGGGAAAAUAUGAAGGUGUACAUGUGGGAUUCUUUCCAGGCUAACAGUUUUGAUUUGUUCCGACCUUUAUAAGAGUUUCAAUUUGUGUCA